UCUGAGUGAGUCAGCUGAGACAGGAACUCUCCGGCAACAGAAAAGUCAGCCAGGAAGGAGAGGCAGCUGAAACUGAUCCAGUGUCCGGGUCUGGCGCCUAAACGAAGCCUUUCUCGACAUAAUUCACUUAGCAUAGGAUUUAUACUCGGCAGUAAAGUAAACAUAGAGCGGCGAAAUGGCUUCCCUUUUCAAGAAGAAGACUGUCGAUGACAUCAUUAAGGAACAGUCGAAGGAGCUGCGCGGUACUCAGAGGCAGAUCACCAGAGACAGAGCUGCGCUGGAAAAGCAAGAAAAACAACUGGAGCUGGAGAUCAAAAAGAUGGCAAAAAGCGGUAACCGGGAAGCUUGCAAAAUCCUCGCCAAGCAGUUAGUUCAGCUGAGGAAACAGAAGAACCGGACGUACGCCGUCAGCUCCAAGGUGACCUCCAUGUCCACCCAGACAAAGGUUAUGAACUCUCAAAUGAAGAUGGCUGGUGCCAUGUCCACCACCGCCAAGACGAUGCAAGCUGUGAAUAAAAAGAUGGAUCCACAGAAGACCCUGAAGACCAUGCAGGACUUCCAGAAGGAGAAUAUGAAGAUGGGCAUGACUGAGGACAUGAUCAACGACACCCUAGAUGAGAUUUUUGAUGAAUCUGGUGAUGAAGAAGAAUCUGAGGACAUUGUCAGUCAAGUUUUGGAUGAGAUUGGAAUUGAGAUCUCAGGAAAGAUGAUCAAGGCUCCAGCUGCAGGGAAGUCCGUCCCAGGCGCGGCGUCCUCCUCCAAACAAGCUACUAUCUCUGACGAUGAGAUCGAGAGACAGCUGCGAGCUCUGGGAGUGGACUAAUAUUCUGCUUCGCGUUAGUGUGGACCCUACGAACCAGUGCAACAAUAAUACUCAUUGACAUAGACUGUCAGACACACUGGUUUUCCCAUGGUUGGGGGGUGAGGCUGUGGGUGUAAAUGCACGCAGAAAAAGCCGAUUGCUGUGGAAAGCCCACAGUCAUACAUCCACACUCCUGUUCUCACAUUCAAAUGCAGGUUGCCUUAAAGAUCUACAGGAUGACCCCUUAGUGUCAAAAUGAUAUUUAUUCAAACAAUAGAGGGACUCUAACUUGAUGAUGUUGAAACAUUACCUACUUGACUCGGAGAACCUCCUUCACCAUGAAAUUUUCUUUAAUCUGUCUUUCUAAGGGCUACUGGAACAUGGGUGAGCUUGGAAUUGUCUUUUCUUUUUUGUUGGUAAUUGUGUUUUGCUUGUAGGAUUUAUCAAUGAGCAAAAGGAAUUUAAGGUGUUCCCUAUCUUUCCAUCUGUUUUCUUUUUGUAGUUUUUCUAAUUUUCACUUUUCACCUGCUAUAUUUAUUGAUAUUAGUUAUGUCUAACCUUCCUGAUUAAUUCAAAUAUCAUCCAUAUGUUUUUUUUUUAGUUUUUUUUUAGGACAAAUAAAAGCAUGUUUUUAGAAGGAAAAACCUGUUUCACCUGUUAGGCUAUAGUCUCCAUCAUGCAAUUUUUUUGUCCAUUAAUACGUUAAUUACUAUAAUUCUAAGCUUUUAAUGUAGGCAACUGCAUCUGUUGGGAAUAGAAAUAUGCAUAAACAUGUGUAACCUCACCAAAAAAUUCAUCCAUCAUCCCAAAGCGUUUUAAUGUACAGACUGGACAACAAGACCUAAAUGCAGAUCAGGACUAAUGAAGGGCUGGCAGAGUUUAGAAUCCAUUUCUGAUGCUGUUUAAUGAAAUAGGGUUUGUUUUCUUCCAACUUGUAGGUUAAUGUUUGAUUUAAACACUGAUUGCAGGUUGACACUGGUCCUGCAAUUCCUUUUUUUUUUGUUUUCAGCUGCUGUGCAGUUACUAUCAUAGGUUUUUUCAAGUUGCUUCACUCAGAAAACACACACAUACAUACACACUACAGCAACAAAUUGUAUGCAAAGUGUAUGCUGAAAGCACACUGUGAUUGAAACCUAACUUCUCCAAAGUUGAAGCUGACUUUUCUUUAGCUUUUGAUAAUACCAGAAACUUCAGGUUUUGUGAAAACAAUAUCGGCAUCCCCUCAAUUUGAUGUUGUAGUGUGUCUCGCUGACCUUUUCUUCUCAUUUUUCAAUGAAAACACAAAAUGUCUCAUUCUUGCAUGUGUUUUAUCCCACAAUUACUCCAAAGUCACCAACUUUUCUUUUAAGAUAUCCCUUUAUUGUGUACAAAUCAGUUGUAAUUGUGAUCAGAAUGUAGGUCAGAACAGAUUUUUGACAUUUUCACUGAUGGGACAUUUUAUGUUUGAGUGUUUGCAAACUCUUCUACUUCCCAGUUGUUGUAAAUGGACUCUGUUAAACAUUUGAGACUUUUAUAAAAUGAAUAAAAUUUCUUCAUCUACAUUU